AUGGUAGUCACAGAUCUUGUGGAAAUUGUCAUACCGUGUAAGCUGGAGCCAGACUGGGAAAGUCACCAUGGCGGGAGGGCGGAGGAACCUCCCGCGCUCGACGCCAAUGAAGCCGGUACCUCCGGCCGACAUGCGGACAAAGCCGGGCAGCGAGGACCGGUCGUGGCAGGUGCCCUGUCUACAGCACGUGCUCAUCCGGACAUCCCGCGCGACGGCGAGCUCUUCUUCGAGACGCUGAUGGUGGUGUUUGUGUGCACGGGCCUGGGCCUGCAGUACCUGAACAUGUACCGUACCAUCUGGUGGCUGCCCCACUCGUACACGCUCUACGCCAUGAACCUGUACCUGAUCGACACUGACGUCACGGGCUUCAUCCUGACGCUGCUGUGCCGUCGGUUCCUCUGGGCCGUGCUCAAACACAUGAGCCUCAACUUUCUGCCGCGAGCGGCCGCCCAGUACAUGUACUUAACUAGCAGGAUACUGGUGCUUCUCACUACGUUUUCUCUGCUCUCGUGGUUCACCUACCAGAUAUUCAUGAAGCACCAUAUCGUCCAUAUUCUGUACCUGUAUUAUUUGAUUGUGGUAUACUUUAUUAUAUUCGGACUCACAAUGGAGCCCUUCCUGGAUUUGAUACCAGAAUACUCAAAAAUACGACAGGGCACAUCAGUGACGCCGCGGCCCAUCUACCACGCCUGCUCUCCGAGCCCCGAGGGUAUUCGGCAGGAGGUGGAAGUACUCAAGGGCGACUUUAACGUCCGAAUCAAACAGAGCCUCUUCAACGCGCUGAUGGUCGGGUACUACGUCGGCAUAAUACCGCUCUUCUUUGCACAGAACACCCUGCAGUACGACACGUUCUGGGUGGGCCAGCACGCCGUGUUCGUGUUCUUAGCCAGCAUGACGCUCUACCUGGUGUACUGCUUCCCGCCGCGCUACUGCGACAUCCUGCACCGGGCCGCGCUCCACCUGGGCACCUGGUCCCGCGUGGACGACCGGCGCGCGCACAUCUCAUUUAAUCCGUGGAACCGGGAACAGCUGUGGUCGCGGGGCGUGCUGACCAAACACAGCCGCGAGUUCUACCGGUGUGACGCGCCCUCGGCCGCCGCCGAGCCGGGCAACGCGCACCACGAGCGGUUCUAUAUGCUGUUCUGCAACCCGUCCGGGGCGCAGUGCUUCAUCCUAGGCCUGCAGGUGUGCGCCGUCCUCUCCGAGACGCUGCUGCUCAUCAGGGCCGUCGAGUGGUACCAGCUCAUAUCGGGCUCCAUCCUGCUCUUUGUCAACUUCUACCCGCUGUUCAAACUAUUCAGGGACUACCUUAUACUGUGUAAGAUAUACAAGGCCGAGCGGCUGAUCCUAGAGAAACAGGCGCCGGCUAGCUGAGGCGACACGUGUAAAAAUGGACUCGUCCAGGGUAUGACCUCCCCCGCAGUGGGAAUGGACUCAUCUUCAUGACAUGUUGAGCGUCGUGCCGUUGUUAUCUUCAGGAAUAUUGUGUUUGUGUUCCCGAACGGUGAACUGUAAGCUUGCGUGCGCGCCCGUCGUAAGUGCGAAAGGGGCGUGUUUUUAACGAUGACUUAAUGUGUUCGAAUGAUGGCUGUAUUUUUGGUUCAUUGCUUGAUUUGCUGCACCUUGCUGCGCAGGGGAAACUGAAGUUGCUUCAUUGAUUCGCUGUAUAACUGCCUGAUAUCAUCGGUGGCUUUUCGCGGUGUGCGGCGAAUGGCCACCCCAUUACGUAAUACGCUUUUGUUGCAAGGUGAUACGAGACGCACAUGGGUUAGAAUGAGAUGUUCAGACUUGUUUUCAUGUUGUUGAUUUGGUAAAGUCGUCAUUUGUUCGCGUAUAAACAUUUGCACUUGUCUGUAUUCCGAAGAAGUGGUAGCGCUACAAGGAUUUUUAGUAUUGACUUGGCAUUGGCCAAUAAACUUCAGUUGGCGAUA